AUGAAAGUCUCCGCACGAGUCCGGGGAGAAUGGUUAGCCAUUCCAUGCUUGGACGCCACGAAGAGCGUCGCAUGGCUGGGUGAGGAAGCACUUCGAAGGUAUGCCAAACUGCAGCCAGCGGCCUACACCGGAAAGGAAGAAAAAGUUUUCGAGGUUCGGAAAACGAAGGGAGGCGCGCUUCUAGACAACGAGGACCUUCUGCAGAAUAUCCUUGAUGACAAUGACUUCGUCUCCGUCGUCCUGGAAUCCGACCGUCCAUCACCGAUCUUAGGGUCACAGGAAUUGAACUAUGUUCCGGAGAUGGUACCAGGGGUUUACAAGUCACCAACGCAAGAGCUCACCCUGGAUGGGAAUAAUCUCACGCCUGAAGAACUCAUCGGAUUGGGUCAGGGCAAAUACAAAAUCAGGUUAUCGCACGACUCAACAGUCCGAGUCACAGAGGCGCGAAAAAUGCUGGAGCAGAUUCUCGAUGAGAACAAAGUGGCUUACGGGAUCAAUACUGGUUUCGGAAAAUUCGCCCGUGUCGUGAUUCCAGAAGACAAGCUUGUGGAGCUGCAACUCAAUCUGGUCCGUUCUCACGCAGCCGGCGUCGGUCCACCUUUGUCACCAGAGAAGACGAGAAUGCUGCUUGCUCUGAGGAUCAAUGUUCUUGCAAAAGGCUACUCCGGAGUAUCUUUGCCAACCUUACAACAACUCUUGGACGCAUUCAAUGCGAACUGUCUAUCCUGGGUUCCCGAACAGGGCAGCGUAGGAGCGAGUGGAGAUCUGGCGCCACUAUCCCAUCUGGCAUUGGGCUUGAUCGGUGAAGGUCGCAUGUGGAGUCCUGAAACAGGCUGGGCAGAGGCGAAAUACGUACUCGAAGCGCAUAAUCUUAAACCAAUACAGCUGAAACCAAAAGAGGGCAUCUGCAUGUUGAACGGAACUCAACUCAUCACAUCUAUCGGCGCCGAAGCUCUCGAACGGGCUUCGAACAUCUGCAAGCAAGCCGACGUCAUCUGCGCUCUGACGCUUGAAGUUCUGAAAGGAACCACGCGAGCUUUCGACGGCGACAUACAGAAAAUUCGACCCCAUUGGGGGCAAGCGUUGGUGGCAAAACGACUCCGCGCUCUCCUUCACUCGGAAUUGCAUCCGUCAGACAUAGCGCAGUCUCACCGUUUCUGCAAUCGCGUCCAAGAUGCCUACACCAUGCGAUGCUGCCCCCAGGUUCACGGAAUCGUUCACGACACAAUCGAUUUCGUGAGACGCAUCAUAACGACAGAGAUGAACAGCGCGACGGAUAAUCCGCUAGUCUUCGUGGAACGCAACGAAAUUAUAUCUGGUGGGAAUUUCCACGGUGAAUAUCCUGCGAAAGCUCUCGACUACCUUGCGAUAGCUGUACACGAAUUGGCCUCGAUGUCCGAACGCAGAACCGAACGACUAGUGAACCCAGCCCUCUCGGAGCUCCCAGCGUUCCUGGUGGAAGACGGGGGUCUGAACUCCGGAUUCAUGUUGGCCCACUGUACAGCUGCUUCGCUGGUCGCUGAAAAUAAAGUGCUCUGUCAUCCGGCUUCCAUCGACUCCAUACCGACGAGCGCAGGGACCGAAGACCACGUAUCGAUGGGUGGAAUGGCCGCUCGGAAAGCAUUGAAGGUAGUUGAGAACGUGGAACAUGUCCUAGCGAUCGAACUGUUGGCGGCGUGCCAGGCCAUUGAAUUCCUCCGUCCGCUGAAAACAACAGCCCCGCUGGAAGCCGUCUACGGCCUCGUCAGGAUUGUAGCCAAGCCUUGGGAUAAAGACCGAUUCAUGGCACCCGAUAUAGACAGCGUCACAACUUUGCUCAAGGAACAAAGAGUUUGGGAUGUAGUCAAGCCGUAUCUCGAUAAGUUUGCACUGGUUCAGGAGGUGGAGACUAGGAUGCCUUCGCCAACCUCGUCCCAACGAGCUCUCAAACGUGCGCGUCAACAACAUACGUCGAGAUCAAAACGGGUGGCGACCGCUGCUCCGAGCAACUCCGACGACGACUUCUGAACAGAGAAUAAACGCGGGACGGAUCGACCACGACACUCUUCGAUCCAUUA